UCCAGCAUCAUUGCAAGCCAAACAAUUCGCUUGAAAGGACUACUUCCAUCCCGCAACAAAAUGAAAGUGACUCUGAUCCUCAGCUUCCUGGCCUCCCUGGCCCUCUCGCUGGCCCUGCCCCAGGUGGGACAUGGAUCCAUCAAUGGACCCAGCGGCCGCUUUGCCAUGACCCGGGACUGGGCUUUGCCGCCAGUGGACCUUCAGAAGCCCAUCGUCUUUCUGCGCGAGGCCACGCCCAUCCACGAAGAGCCCCAGGAGUCGCGCUCCGUGCAGACACGACGACGCCAGAUUGCCUGAGCUCUCUCUCCGAUAGAAUGUGUUACUAGAAUUAAUAGUUACGUGCCAAUAAAUUGAUUAAUAUUAAAUUGUAUCCAAA